UGUGAAUAUUUCAAAGGCUGAAUCCAGUAACUUUUUAAGUUGAAUUGAAGAUAACUUUCAGACCAAAGGCAUAAAUAGGAAACUAAAUUAUAAAAAAUCCAAUGACUGGGGGGGAAUUUUUUUUCAAGAUAUUUGCAUUGUUUGACAAAUCCCGGCUACAGUGAUGUGCAGUGUGAUGUGCAACCUCGUGUUGACCCAUCUGUUCCUCACUUUAUUAGAAACACGAGCAGAUGAGGAGAGAGGCUUUCUAUGUGCCUGUGUGUGUGUGUGUGUUGGUUGGUUUUUUUUUUCAGCAGAGUGUGUCCUCGCCCCUGUUUUAGCAGCUGUGCGACAGGCGGCAGUCGGAGGAGCGCACUCGGUGUGGUGGUCCGGGGGGCUGGGGUGGAGUCAAGUGUCUGAGUCACAUUCUGACAACUGGGGGAACCUCCCGUGACAAACAGGUGUCCUCUUCCUCCUCCUCCUCCUCCUCUUCCUCCGUCGUCACAUGUACCGGGGCACUGCCUCUCCGCGCCGCACACUUCUCUCCCCGAGCCGCGCACGUCUGGUCGCCUCGUCCGCUCACUUCGUCAGCCCUCGAGAAACCUCCAGGACACCGCCCGCACAGAUGAUGCACUCGUCGCAGAAAGACACCACCUACACCAAGAUCUUCGUGGGCGGUCUGCCGUAUCACACCACGGACUCCAGCCUCAGGAAGUACUUCGAGGUGUUCGGCGACAUCGAGGAGGCGGUGGUCAUCACCGACCGACAGACGGGCAAGUCCAGGGGUUAUGGAUUCGUGACCAUGGCCGACCGGGCCUCCGCUGACCGAGCCUGCAAGGACCCCAACCCCAUUAUAGACGGGAGGAAAGCCAAUGUGAACCUGGCCUACCUGGGGGCCAAGCCGAGGGUCAUACAGCCAGGCUUUGCAUUCGGUAUGCCUCAGAUCCACCCAGCAUUCAUCCAACGACCUUAUGGGAUCCCUGCCCAGUACAUCUACCCUCAGGCCUUUGUCCAACCCAGUAUGAUGAUCCCUCAUGUACAACCCUCUGCUUCUACAGCAACAGCUGCUGCUGCUACCAGCUCCCCAUACCUUGACUAUACCGGAGCAACGUACGCUCAGUACUCUGCGGCGGCUGCCAGUGCUGCCGCCGCUGCAGCUGCCUAUGAGCAGUAUCCGUAUGCUGCCUCACCGGCACCGACGAGCUACAUGACUACAGCAGGGUAUGGUUAUGCUAUGCAGCAGCCGCUCGCCACUGCUGCCACCCCAGGAGCUGCUGCCGCAGCUGCAGCCUUCAGCCAGUAUCAACCUCAGCAGCUCCAGACAGAUCGCAUGCAGUAAAAACACGAAAACUACCUUAGAGGAGAGCAUGGGCGGUCACCUCCUCCUGUGAAGCAAGAAAAGUAAGGAGGGGGAAGACAGCAGAAGCUGAAAGACGGUUGUCACUCCCAGGUUUUAUCUUAGCAGUCCUUCUACCAAAGAGCCUGAAGAAAGUCACCAAUAAUGUGGAGACAAUUGAGAAAUUACUGCAUAUCUUAUUCAGGCAAGAUCAGUAUUUUGUAACUAUUGAAUAUAAACAACUAUUUAAUAUUUAUUCAGUAGUAAAAUAAUGUUUAAUGUUAAUUGAAGUACACUCACUGGACCUCAUUUCAAACAUUUCUAGAUUGUGUGUAUAUUUAUAUAUAUUUAAGUGGAAUUUGUAUAAAAUUCACAAUAACAGUUAUGUCUUAUAAUCGGAUUUCUUCCCCACAACUUUGAAAACAAACCAAAAGACAUAGACAUACAUAUCAGAGUCAUCAUGCAGUUUUCAGUAUUUCUUAUAAUUCUGGACCAUUAUUUUGUUUGGUAAAGCUAUGCAGACAUUGAUAGAGAAGUUCUGUUAGGAUUGUUUCUCUUUUUUAAUAACUGUGUGAAGUGAGAUAGAUUAGACAUCCUCAACUAGUUCCUUCUAAAAUGUGUGUUCUUGAUAGUACAUAGGACAAAAUGCUGCAGUGACAGCUGAAGCUGGUAAAAGCACUCACCUUUCUUCCCUUUAAAUUGCACCUCAAGUAAACUCAGCAGGAGGGAAGAAAUAUUGUUGAAUGUGAAAAAAGAUAUUACAAUAAUGUGCCUUUUAAAUUUUGCUAUUUAUGUAUUUAUUAUGGAGCCUUACAGUUAGAAAAAUAAACCCUUUAUUUUUGUUUGUAUAUUAGUGUGAAGCCUACUGUAGAACAUGUCCACGUGUGCUGCUGCGUUUCACAUGAUCAAGAGCAUAUGUUGUUUGAGACUGUUAAAACUUGGCUUAACAAUGUGCUAUACUGUGUGUAUAAAGAACAAAAUAUGAGUGGAAAGGUAGCAAUAACUCCUAAUGCUUUCUCUGUUUUCUGUCAAUUUAAUGUUGUCUAAAAUGAUAUCCUUAAUUCUUCAAUGUUGCUUUUUAUACUUGACCAGUUUGAUAAGAGUGUGACAACUGUUCACUUUUUAUUUCCUUUUUCUUUUUAACAUUUGAUGUCCUAUGACAUUAAAUGUCUUCUAACGCAACUUAAGCAAGGGCACAACCCAUUUCACCUUGCAAUUUGUAAUGCAUGACUCAAAAUAAUGCAAACAUUUAAUUUGUGAAAUAAAAGGAAAUUUCCCUUCA